CACCAACAGAAGGCAGCAAUAGGCUGUUGCUCAGCAUAAUUAUAGACCCGCGAUCCGCCCUUGUUCCUGAAUCCUGGAGCUAGACUUUGUCAGCCCUGCCCUGACAGCUUCUGUGAUGGGGCUAUGAGGAUGUCGGUCUUGCGUGGACAUUUCUUCUUUUAAACGGAUUAGUUUAGUUUUCUUUUCAUUUAAACUCAUUUGGUGUCAUGUUGCGGGUUGUAGUAGAGUCGGCUAAGGGUCUACCUAAAAAGACCCUUGGAGUUCCUGAUCCAAUUACCACUGUGAUUUUUAGAGAUGACAAGAAGAAAACAAAAUCGAUUGACAAAGAGUUGAAUCCGGUGUGGAAUGAGUUGGUUGAAUUUGAUCUAAAAGGCAAGGCACUGGACUCCAGCUCCUACAUCGACGUAAUUGUGAAAGACUAUGAAACUAUUGGGAAAGAUAAAUUCCUCGGGUCUGCUAAAAUCUAUUUGAAAGACCUAGCUUCAGGUCAAGCGAGAUCACUGCCGUGCAAAGAUGUUCCCCUGGUCAGUGAAAGUGGACAGAAUAUUGGAGCAACAAUCAAUCUUUUGGUCGGCUAUGAUGCUCCAGCAAACGUUGUACCAAACCCCAAUGAUCCUCCGUCAGGAGAAACUACAGUGGAUGCUGGAGGUGGUGGUGGCGGUGAGGAGGGCAAUGAAACUCUUCCAGAUGGGAGCCAAAGUGGCCCUUCAGGGACGUCCCCAUCCGGUGGUCAGUCGGUUAAUCUUCGUCGGGGUGUUGCCAGGGCACAGAGUCGACAUCGACUUGCAAAUAAACCUCAGGACUUUCAGAUUCGAGUCCGGAUCAUCGAGGCCCGUCAGUUGCCUGGCAACAACAUCAAACCAGUAGUCAAGAUUUACGUUUGUGGGCAGACCCACAGGACCAGGAUUAAGAGGGGAAACAACCCCUUCUUCGAUGAGAUAUUCUUCUACAAUGUCCACAUGUUACCGUCUGAUCUGUUUGAUGAGAACAUUAGUUUUCGGGUGUAUAACUCCUGCUCACUGAGGGCUGACAGUCUUAUGGGAGAAUUCGAGGUGGACGUUGGUUAUGUUUAUGAUGAGCCAGCCCAUUGUGUCUUGAGGAAGUGGCUCCUUUUGAAUGACCCAGAUGACUCCAGCUCUGGGGCUAAAGGCUACCUGAAAGUCAGCCUCUUUGUUGUCGGGACUGGCGAUGAUCCUCCGGUGGAAAAGAGAGAGUCCAAUGACGACCAGGAUGACAUAGAGAGUAAUCUGCUGCUUCCAGCGGGCGUGACUCUUAGAUGGGCCACGCUGUCACUGAAGGUGUUCAGAGCUGAGGACAUUCCCCAGAUGGAUGAUGCAUUUGUCCAGAAUUUGAAAGAAAUUUUUGGAGGAGAAGCAAACAAGAAAAACCUGGUGGAUCCCUUUUUGGAGGCUAGCUUUGCUGGCAGAAAGUUGUGCACACAAAUCAUUGAGACGAAUGCCAACCCAGAGUGGAACGAAGUACUGAACCUUCAAGUCAAGUUCCCCUCCAUGUGUGAGCGUGUCAAACUAACGGUGUUUGAUUGGGAUCGUUUGACAGGAAAUGAUGCCAUCGGCACCACGUACCUGAAUCUGGCCAACAUAGCCUCCUCUGGUGGAGAGAUAGAAGAGGAACAUCCGGAUUAUGGGGGAACGGCGUCUUAUGAAGGUAACUCAGGGGAGUCUGAGGUGGGCUUCCUGCCUGUGUUUGGGCCCUGUUAUAUCAACUUGUAUGGCAGCCCCAGAGAGUUCACUGGCUUCCCAGACCCCUAUGAGGAUCUCAAUUUGGGCAAGGGAGAAGGCGUGGCGUACAGAGGCAGGAUUCUGGUCGAGCUGUCCACUAAGCUAGACGGGAAAGCAGACAAAGCAGUAGACAAAAUCCACAGUGAUGACGUCCUGGUGGUACAGAAAUACCAGAGGAGGAGAAAAUACUGCCUCUGUGCAGUCUUCCACAGCGCCUCAAUGAUUCAGGAACCUGGAGAACCAAUCCAGUUCGAGGUCAGCAUCGGUAAUUAUGGCAACAAACUGGACACCACCUGCAAACCGCUGGCCUCCACCACACAAUAUAGUUGUGCUAUAUUUGAUGGUAAUCAUUAUUACUACCUGCCCUGGGCAAACACUAAGCCAGUGGUUGUGGUUACCUCAUACUGGGAAGACAUCAGCCACCGUCUGGACUCUGUCAACAUCAUCCUCUACAUUACUCACCGCUUGCAAUCAAACUUGGAGGAAUUUAAAACGGCAAUCUUGGCAAAAGUCUCAGACAACCAGCUAGCUGAGGUGUGGCUGAAGUUACUCAAUCAGCUGAUUGAAGACCUAGAAAGUUUCCCAACACCUGAGCUCGAGGGCCACUCCAACCUGACAACUCUGGACAUCCAAAUCAAGAAGCUGCGAGACAGGGCUUUGACAAGCAUCAAAGAUGGAGCCAGACGCAUGAGAGACGAGGCCGGAGAGAUCCGUGACACUUUGUCCGACUUGGAGUCCUGGGUAGAAAAGUUCAAAACGCUGGCUGAAGAGCCCCAGAUCAGCAUGCCUGAUGUGAUCAUCUGGAUGCUACGGGGUGAGAAAAGAGUGGCUUGCAGUCGCAUCCCAGCUCAUCAGAUCCUCUACUCUACAUUCAGUGAGCAGGCCUGUGGGCAGCAUUGCGGCAAGACACAGACUGUGUAUUUACAGUACCCCAUGGACAAGAACAAGGGCUUAAAGGUGCCAGUUCAGAUUAGAGUUAACAUGUGGCUGGGUCUGUCUGCACAUGAGAAAAAGUUCAGCUCAUUCUCCGAGGGAAGCUUCAGUGUGUUUGCCGAACUGUACGAAAAUCAGGCUCAGGUGUUCGGGAAGUGGGGGACUACGGGACUGGUGGGGCGCCAUAAGUUUUCUGAUGUAACCGGCAAACUGAAGCUAAAAAAGGAGUACUUCAUUCCACCCAGAGGAUGGGAGUGGGAGUCUGAGUGGUUCAUUGAUCCAGAGAAAGCUCUGCUAACAGAAGCUGAUGCAGGACACACUGAAUUCAUGGAUGAGGUUUUCCAGAAUGAGACCCGCUUCCCAGGUGGAGACUGGAAGGCUGCUUCUGAACCCUUCACUGAUGUGAAUGGAGAGAAAAGUUGCAACCCUACAGAGUUUGAUUGUCCCCCAGGUUGGAUCUGGGAGGAUGAGUGGACUGUGGAUAUCAACAGAGCUGUGGAUGAUCAAGGCUGGGAAUAUGGAGUCACCAUUCCUCCAGAUGACAAGCCUCGGUCCUGGGUUCCUGCAGAGAAGAUGUACCACGUUCACCGCAGAAGAAGGCUGAUUCGACCCCGCAAGAGGAGUAAAGUCCCCGGAGGAGCAGCUGUGGAGAGGCGGGAUCAAGGCAACCCUGAGGGCUGGGAAUUCUCUUCUCUGAUUGGCUGGAAAUUCCACAGAAAUGAGAGGUCAUCAGAUACGUUUCGGCGAAGGCGCUGGAGGAGAAAAAUGGCACCGGAAAGUCGCCUUGGAGCAGCUGCCAUCUUCCAGCUGGAGGGAGCAUUGGGUAUUGACACAGAGGAGAAAGAGAAAGAUUCCAAGGGUGACGCUACCAAGCUGUUUGGUGCCAACACGCCUACUGUGUCCUGCUCCUUUGACAGGUCAUAUAUGUACCAUCUCCGUGUCUACAUCCAUCAGGCACGCAACAUGACCUCCAUGGACAAAGAUAGUUUCUCUGAUCCAUAUGCACAUGUCUCCUUCCUGCAUGUCAGUAAGACAACAGAGAAGCUAAGAGCAACUCUGAACCCAACCUGGGACCAGACUCUGAUUUUUAAUGAUGUAGAGAUUUACGGAGACCCCCAGAAGAUUGCUUACCGCCCUCCCAAUGUUGUCCUGGAGUUCUACGAUAGUGACCAAGUGGGGAAGGACGAAAUACUGGGCCGCAGUAUUUGCACCCCAAUAGUAAAACUGAAUUCUGCUAUGGAUCAGACACCAAAACUGUUGUGGCAUCCCAUCAUCCAGAAAGGGAAGGUAGCCGGGGAGGCUCUUGUGGCUGCUGAACUCAUUCUUAAAAACAAGUCAGGAGACUCAGAUCUUCCACUAGUUCCCCCAAAGAGAGAGAACAUCUACAUGGUACCUCAGGGCAUUCGCCCUGUGGUGCAGCUGACUGCUGUGGAGAUUCUUGCAUGGGGCCUGAGGAACAUGAAGCCAUACCAACUGGCAGCAGUAUCGUCACCCAGCCUCGUGGUGGAAUGUGGGGGGCAGAGGGUAGAGUCAGCCGUCAUCAAGAACAUGAAGAAGACUCCAAACUUCCCAAGCUCUGUCCUCUUCAUCAAAGUGCUCCUUCCGAAGGAAGAGAUGUACACGCCUCCAAUUGUGCUGAAGGUAAUAGACCACCGUCCAUUUGGCAGGAAGCCCGUGGUAGGCCAGUGCACUAUCAGUUCUUUGGAGCAGUUCAGAUGUGAUCCAUAUGUCGUCACCGCCGAAGGAGCAAUGUCAUCUAAAAUGGCUCUGAUGAUGGCGUCGCCUCACAAACAUGUCUCUAUCACCAUGGAGGAGACAAGGCCACUGCUAGAAGCUCAGUUUAUGUACAGCAUGUCAGCUGCUGUCAACAAAAUGGCAUCCCCUACCUCCCAUUUUGUUGCUGAGAAGGAAAAAGAGACAGUUGAUUGGUGGAGUAAAUUCUACGUCUCGCUAGGAGACCAGGAGAAAUGUGGUCCUUACCUCAAGAAAGGAUACGAUACCCUCAAAAUCUAUGACUGCGAACUGGAAGAUGUCCCAGAAUUCAAAGGGCUUACUGAUUUCUGCGACACCUUCAAACUCCAGCGAGGCAAGAACGACAAUGGCGAUGAUGAUCCCACUGUGGUUGGAGAGUUUAAGGGUUCGUUCAAAGUGUACCCCUUUCCAGAUGACCCAGGUGUAGCUCCUCCACCGCGUCAGUUCAGAGAACUCCCAGAUAGCGGACCUCAGGAGUGUCUGGUUAGGAUUUAUGUGGUUCGGGGCAUGGACCUCCAGCCCAAAGACAAUAAUGGCAGCUGUGAUCCAUACAUAAAGAUAUCACUGGGAAAAAACACGAUCGAUGACAGAGACCACUACUUACCCAACACCCUCAACCCUGUGUUUGGAAGGAUGUUUGAGAUGACGUGUUUCCUGCCCCAGGACAAGGACCUGAAGAUCUCUGUUUAUGACUAUGAUCUGCUUACUCGUGACGAGAAGGUCGGCGAGACAGUGAUCGACCUGGAGAACCGCUUCCUGUCUCGAUAUAACUCAUACUGCGGCUUGCCUCAAAGCUACUGCAUUUCUGGCAUUAACCAGUGGCGGGACCAGCUGAAGCCAUCUCAGAUUCUUGAGAAUCUGGCUCGUCUUAAAGGACUUUCCAAGCCCAGGACGGAAGAUAAUGGAAAUUCACUCACCUUCAAUGGAAAAGAAUACACACUGGCUCAGUUUGAGAGCAACAAGGAAAUUCAUCAGCACUUGGGUCCACCUUAUGAACGCCUCUGUCUGCACGUGCUCAGAACACAGGGUCUCGUCCCUGAACAUGUGGAAACUAGGACGCUUUACAGCACCUUCCAGCCCAACCUCUCUCAGGGACAACUUCAGAUGUGGGUGGAUGUCUUUCCCAAAAGCUUAGGCCUCCCCGAGCCUCCCUUUGACAUCACACCACGCAAACCAAAGAAGUAUUUCCUGCGUGCUGUCAUCUGGAACACCACAGAUGUGACUCUGGAUGAGACCAGUAUCACUGGAGAGCGCAUGAGCGACAUCUAUGUGAAAGGCUGGAUGCCAGGAAUGGAGGAGGACAAGCAGAAGACUGAUGUCCACUACAGGUCUCUGGAUGGCGAUGGUAACUUUAACUGGCGAUUCGUCUUUGGGCUUGACUACCUGCCAGCUGAACAACUCUGCCUUGUAUCCAAGAAGGAACACUUUUGGAGUCUUGAUAAAACAGAGUUCCGGAUUCCUCCCAAACUGAUUGUUCAGAUUUGGGAUAAUGACAAAUUCUCACUGGAUGAUUACCUUGGUACUGUGGAGCUGGAUUUGCGUAAGCUGGUUGCUCCUGCGAAGACCCCAGAGAAAUGCUCUCUGGAUAUGAUGGAUAAUGUGGAAAUAGGUCCACACAAGGCAGAGCAGAACAAGUCUCUGUUUGCUCAGCAGUCAGUCAGAGGCUGGUGGCCUUGCUCUAUUGAACAAGAUGGGAAGAAGGUCCUGGGUGGCAAAGUGGAGAUGACACUGGAGAUUGUGAGUGAAGUGGAUGCAGAUGAGCGACCUGCAGGAAAAGGACGGGAUGAACCCAACAUGAAUCCAAAACUGGACCUUCCAAAUCGCCCAGAAACAUCCUUCUUCUGGUUCACCAACCCAUGUAAGACCAUGAAGUUCAUUGUGUGGAGAAGGUUCAAGUGGGUCUUUAUUGGACUUAUCAUCCUCAUCAUAGUGGUCCUCUUCAUCGCCAUCCUGUUGUAUUCUUUACCGAACUACAUCUCAAUGAAGAUCGUGAAACCCUUAAGUUAGCAAUAAGGACCACCAGGAGCAAUGAACUCCACACAGAUACUGCCAGAUUAUCUCAACUUGUACCUUUUUUUAACUUUAGUUUUUUUUAACAAAUGGGAAGGGGAGCUUGCACAUUUGCACUAUUUCAACAUAUGAACACAUUUUCUACACCACAGAACUGUGACAAUACAGUCCAUCACAGUCUAGUUUGCAAAGGGUUUUGUUUAGGACACUGUAUGGAAAAGGUGUUUGCAAUUAGCCCAGUUUGGGUGAUAUUUCGGGAUCACUUUUAUUAAAAUGAAUAUUUCUUUUUAUUAAAAUGUUUCCAUAUUUGUGGACAUUAUAUAUAAAUGGGAUCACAAUUAAUAGCUCAAAGUUUCUUUAAAGUGUAUUUUUAUUACUUGACUGCUCAAAAAUUGCAAUGUGGAAAUUUCCAUCUUUCUCAUCUCGCAAUGGAGACCUGAUCCUUAGGGCGUAGUGUGUUUUGGGUUUUAAAAGCCACAGAGAUGCUGUGUUUUGAGAAAAUGUAUCUUAGAUGUUCUGAUACUCCGCACACUUGAGGACUCACUACAGGUUUUGCUAAGGCAGCAGUUGUCCUUUCUUCCCCUCCUGGAUCGCCUGGAGCAUUCUUUGGGUACCUUCCAAGCUUUGACAAUUGUCCAGCUGGAAGUCACUUGAACAAGUGAUGAAACGUUUCUCCCACUGAAAAUGCUACAACCAGAAAGACAGAAACAACUUUCUGAGAUUUCCUACCUGGAUAAUUAAAGACGGGUUCGAAAAAUAAAUUGUUCAAAAAUUUGGAUUUUGACUGAAUAAAGCCAGCACUUUACAUUUAAUACUGAAAUAUGUACAGCACAUGUUGUCCAGAAGUUGAAUUAUAUACAUUUUCACAAAA